AUGAUCACUAAAUUCAACUCCACUGAAAAAGCCAAUCUAAUUGGUGGCUAUUUGUUGAACAAUUUUGUGAGUAAUGCUAUGAAGGUGGCGAAUGGUUCUAUGGAAAAUCCAAAGAAAAUGCUACUAUACUCUUCGCACGACGGCACGUUACUCGGUCUUAUGUACGCAAUGGGGGUGGGAAACAAUCUUAUGAUACCAUACGCUUCAGCAGUCAUCAUGGAGAUAUUCAAGGAAGGCAACGAAUACCAAGUUGAGUUUCUCUCUUCCGGAACGAUACCACAAGAGCGCCGUAUCCGUUGA